AUGAGCCGUCAGGAUUUUCGGCGAUACGGUAAGGAGACGGUGGAUUAUAUUGCUAACUACAUGGAAACAAUUCAGAAAAGGCGUGUGGUACCAGCAAUUGAACCAGGUUAUCUGAAAAAUCUGAUUCCGACAGAAGCUCCAUCACGAGGUGAACCAUGGGAGAAAGUGAUGGACGAUUUCGAAAAGUUCAUCAUGCCUGGUGUAACCCACUGGCAACAUCCCAGAUUCCAUGCCUAUUUCCCAGCUGGGAAUUCCUAUCCAUCAAUACUUGCCAAUUUACUUAGUGAUGCAUUGGGUUGUGUUGGAUUCAGUUGGGCCUCUUGUCCAGCUUUUACGGAGCUGGAAUUGAUAAUGCUUCACUGGUUCGGGAAAAUGAUCGGUCUUCCCAAAGAGUUUUUGCCACUCACUGAGGGAGGGAAAGGAGGAGGUGUGAUUCAGGGUUCCGCUUCGGAAUGUAACUUCGUCUCAUUGUUAGCCGCCCGUUUCGAGGUCAUGAAAGAGCUCCGUCAGCGAUUCCCUUUUGUGGAAGAAGGUCUACUGCUGUCCAAACUAAUAGCCUACUGCUCUAAGGAGGCUCAUUCUUCGGUAGAGAAGGCCUGUAUGAUUGGUAUGGUAAAGUUACGAAUUCUGGAGACGGAUUCUAAGUUCCGACUACGAGGAGAUACCCUUCGAAAUGCCAUACAGGAAGACCGUAAUUUGGGUCUGAUCCCAUUUUUUGUGUCUACCACACUGGGCACUACCUCAUGCUGUUCGUUCGAUAUGUUGAGUGAGAUAGGGCCAGUUUGUCAGGAAAACGAGCUUUGGCUUCAUGUUGAUGCCGCCUAUGCCGGUUCAGCAAUGAUCUGUCCAGAAUUCCGUCAUCUGAUGAAUGGGAUAGAAUACGCCAUGUCGUUCAACACAAAUCCCAAUAAAUGGAUGCUCGUCAAUUUUGAUUGCAGUACAAUGUGGGUCAAAGAUCGUUUCAAGCUUACACAAGCCCUUGUCGUCGACCCACUAUAUUUACAACACAGUUGGAUGGACAAAUCGAUUGACUAUCGUCAUUGGGGAAUUCCUCUGAGCAGACGAUUCCGAUCGUUGAAGCUGUGGCUUUGGCUUCAUGUUGAUGCCGCCUAUGCCGGUUCAGCAAUGAUCUGUCCAGAAUUCCGUCAUUUGAUGAAUGGGAUAGAAUACGCCAUGUCGUUCAACACAAAUCCCAAUAAAUGGAUGCUUGUCAACUUCGAUUGCAGUACUAUGUGGGUCAAGGAUCGUUUCAAGCUUACACAAGCCCUUGUCGUCGAUCCACUAUACUUACAGCACAGUUGGAUGGAUAAGUCGAUUGACUAUCGUCAUUGGGGAAUUCCUCUGAGCAGGCGAUUUCGAUCGUUGAAGCUGUGGUUUGUGAUCCGUUCGUAUGGUGUGGAAGGUCUUCAGAAUUACAUACGGGAGCAUGUUAGACUGGCGAAACGAAUGGAAAUGUUGCUACGAGCUGAUCCAGUGUUUGAAAUCGUCGGUGAAGUAAUUAUGGGCCUCGUCUGUUUCAGAAUGAGAGGAAACGAUGAGCGAAAUCAGCAAUUACUUACACGACUAAACAGUUCGGGAAGAAUACACAUGGUACCAGCCUCACUGAACGACCGGUUCGUGAUCCGAUUUUGCGUCUGCGCGGAGAAUGCCUCCGAAAACGAUAUCGAUACUGCUUACAACAUUAUAAGCCAGACAGCUCAGCAUAUUUUACGUGAGUAUCAUUACCAUCGAUAUGUAUGGGGAAAAUUAGUUUUGAGUAAAUAA